AUGAGGCCCAUGCUGGGAGUGUCAGUGGUCGACGGCAAAGUCAUCUUCGACGGUCUGGCUUGGUACAUCAUCCAAUGUCUGCAGCAGUCCCUCCGAUUCAAGACGCAGCUGCAAACGACGGACGAACAGAUCUGGUCCAGCCGACGUUCGACCGGCGAAUGGGGAGGUCCACUGGGAAUGCUCGAGCGAAAUGAGUCUGACAUCACGGCGCACCCAGUGAUACCGACGGCUGACCGUCUGACAGUGGGCACACCGCUACCAGCCUAUGUGUAUUCCAACCCGCGAUACUACGCCGGCACGCCCAACGCCUACAUGACCAGCGUGUUCGGAUACCUGAUGAGCUUCGACCUGGAGGCACUGUUCGACCUGUGCGUGACGCGGUUGGCCGCGUAA